AAAAGUGGAGCCGGUGGGAAGGAGGCGAACCACUGGCACAAAAGGCGAGCCGGGGCUCCGCAGCGCGGCGUGAACACGACGAGACACUCGGCCCAAAUUGCAGAGGAGCUUGGACGGCAUGCAAAGUUGUGAAAUCUCCUCAGACGGCACUGAUGAUCCUCUUAGUAGCGGCCUGCGCACUACUCGGCAGCCUCGAAUAGUCGUGAUCGGCGCUGGCUUGGCCGGCCUCGCUGCAGCCAAGGUCCUGCUCAAGAGGGGCUUCACCGAUGUCACAGUCCUAGAGGCUUUAGACCGCGUCGGUGGGAGAGUUCAAAGUGUUAAGCACGGGGAAACCGCUUUGGAGCUAGGAGCCACCUGGAUCCAUGGCGGCAAAGGGAACCCGGUGUACCACCUGGCAGAGGAGAACGGGUUGCUGGAACAAACCACAGAUGGCGAAACGAGCGUGGGUCGUAUCAGCCUGUACAGCAAGAACGGCGUCGCUCACUACCUGACCAACAUUGGCAAGAGGAUCCCCAAGGACCUAGUGGAGGAGUUCAGUGACCUCUACAAUGAUGUGUACGAGCUGACUCAGGAGUUCUUCCAGCACGGGAAGCCCGUUUGCGCCGAAAGCCAGAACAGCGUUGGCGUCUUUACACGAGAUGUGGUGCGCAAGCGGAUCACGAUGGACCCCGAUGAUUCCGAGGGCGCCAAGAAGCUCAAAUUGUCCAUGCUUCAACAGUACCUCAAGGUAGAGAGUUGUGAAAGCAGCUCACCCAACAUGGAUGAGGUGUCUCUGAGUGAGUUUGGCGAGUGGACUGAGAUCCCUGGUGCACAUUAUGUCAUUCCCGCAGGCUUCAAUAAGAUCGUGGCGCUCCUGGCCAGGCACAUCCCCCCUCACACCAUCUGCCUUAACAAACCAGUCCGCUGCAUCCACUGGAACUACUCGGCCCGGCACUACGAGUCGAUCGGCAGGAGCGACGACGCAAACCGGGACAACAACCACAAUCGAAACAACAGCGGGCGCCAGGAUCCCCUCAACGCGCGCCGCCCCAUUUGCGUGGAGUGCGAAGACGAGGAGUGGAUCAUGGCCGACCACGUGAUCGUGACGGUCUCCUUAGGUUUGUUGAAGCACAACCACGAGGGCAUGUUCUCACCUUCUCUCCCCGAGGACAAGGUGCUUGCCAUUGAGAAGCUGGGCAUCAGCACCACAGAUAAGAUUUUCUUAGAGUACGCCGAGCCAUUCUGGAGCCCCGAGUGUAACAGCAUUCAGUUUGUGUGGGAAGACGAGGCUCAGCUUGAACAGCUGACCUACCCCGAGGAGCUGUGGUACAAGAAGAUCUGCAGCUUCGACGUGCUCUACCCGCCGGAGCGCUACGGCUACAUGCUGAGUGGCUGGAUAUGCGGGGAGGAGGCCCUCUACAUGGAGCGCUGCGAUGACGAAACUGUAGCGGAGACGUGCACAGAGCUGCUUAGGCUCUUUACAGGGAACCCUAAGAUUCCAAAGCCCCGGCGUAUCCUGCGCUCCUCCUGGGGUAGUAACCAAUACUUUCGAGGGUCUUACGCCUACACCAGGGUGGGCUCCAGUGGCGAAGACUUUGAGAGUCUGGCCAUGCCGCUGCCUUACGGCAACAGCACCAAGGCUCCGGCCCUGCAGCUCCUGUUCGCUGGAGAGGCCACCCAUCGCAAAUACUAUUCCACUACCCAUGGUGCAUUGAUGUCUGGACAGCGAGAGGCCUACCGUCUGGUGGAGAUGUACCAGGACUGGCGCAGUGCUGACACCACAAAGCCUAAUAUGUAAAAAUUAGGAUAAAAACACAACCUCUGACUAGUGAGAAACAAAAAACAACACUUUUUAAAAAAUACAUUAUA